AUGGAAACAAUGUUGCCUCAGAAGCAAGCAGAAGAAGCAAUAGUGGCAAGCCUUAACGAGACAGAGAGUGAAGUGGGUGGUGUAAAGGAAGAAGAGAAGGAGUUGCAAGAUCACUCCAUGUUCAGCAUCAAGAGCUUCCUCUGGCAUGGAGGUUCUGUUUGGGACGCAUGGUUCAGCUGUGCUUCUAAUCAAGUGGCCCAAGUACUGUUGACACUGCCCUAUUCUUUCUCUCAACUUGGCAUGAUAUCAGGGAUCUUGCUUCAAAUUUUCUAUGGAAUCAUGGGAAGUUGGACAGCGUAUCUAAUAAGUGUCCUCUACAUGGAGUACCGUUCCAGAAAGGAAAAAGAAAAUGUCAGCUUCAAAAACCAUGUCAUUCAGUGGUUUGAAGUGCUUGACGGGUUGCUGGGUCCGUAUUGGAAAGCUGUGGGGUUAGCCUUCAACUGUACUUUCCUUCUCUUUGGAUCUGUGAUUCAGCUUAUAGCAUGUGCAAGUAACAUCUACUACAUAAAUGAUCACUUGGACAAACGGACUUGGACUUACAUCUUUGGAGCUUGCUGUGCCACCUCUGUGUUCAUACCCUCCUUCCACAAUUACCGUAUUUGGUCUUUUCUUGGACUUGGAAUGACCACUUACACUGCUUGGUAUUUGGCUAUAGCAGCUCUCAUUCAUGGCCAGGCAGAAAAUGUGAUACACACGGGACCAACAAAGCUAGUGCUGUACUUUACUGGAGCCACCAACAUACUGUACACGUUUGGUGGACAUGCAGUUACUGUAGAGAUUAUGCACGCCAUGUGGAAGCCACAGAAGUUCAAGUACAUAUACUUGCUGGCCACUUUGUACGUUUUCACGCUAACGAUUCCUUCUGCUGCUGCCGUUUACUGGGCUUUUGGUGAUGAACUUCUCAAUCAUUCCAAUGCCUUCUCUCUCCUCCCAAAAAAUAGAUUUCGUGAUGCUGCUGUAAUCCUCAUGCUCAUUCACCAGUUCAUCACGUUCGGUUUCGCUAGUACUCCACUGUACUUUGUCUGGGAGAAGGUAAUUGGGAUGCAUGACGCAAAAAGCAUUUGUCUAAGGGCACUUGCAAGGUUGCCAGUGGUGAUACCUAUAUGGUUUUUGGCCAUAAUCUUCCCUUUCUUUGGGCCCAUAAACUCUGCAGUUGGAGCUCUUCUGGUUAGUUUUACUGUCUACAUCAUCCCCUCCACAGCACACAUGCUUACUUACAGAAAAGCCUCUGCAAGACAGAAUGCUGCUGAGAAGCCUCCUUUCUUUAUGCCAAGCUGGACUGCAAUGUAUGUGUUCAAUGCAUUCAUUGUGGUGUGGGUUUUGGUGGUUGGGUUUGGGUUUGGAGGAUGGGCCAGCAUGUCCAACUUCAUCAAGCAAAUUGACACAUUUGGGCUCUUUGCCAAGUGCUACCAAUGCAAGUCCCCGACUCCACCACCACCCAUGGCAGCAGCACCACCACCUCACCACCAUCACUGA